AUGGCGUCCAAAGUAACAGAUGCAAUAGUUUGGUACCAGAAAAAGAUUGGAGCCUAUGACCAGCAAAUAUGGGAAAAAUCCGUAGAACAAAGAGAAAUAAAGUUCAUUAAAAUGGGUUUACGGAACAAGCCAAAGAAAACCGGGCAUGUAAAGCCAGACCUAAUUGAUGUGGAUCUUGUCAGAGGGUCUGCAUUUGCAAAAGCAAAACCUGAAAGCCCAUGGACAUCUCUGACAAGGAAAGGAAUUGUUCGUGUUGUUUUUUUUUUCCUUUUUUCUUUAGAUGGUGGCUUCAAGUUACUUCAAAGGUCAUCUUUCUUUGGUUGCUUUUACUAUAUCUUCUUCAAGUUGCCUCAGUAGUUCUAUAUACCAUUUCACCCGGGCCUCACUGUGUUUCCUUUACUGAAGUUAUUGGACCAAUAUGGCUUAUGCUUCUCCUUGGAACAGUGCAUUGCCAGAUUGUAUCAACAAGGACUGUUAAAUCACCUCCAGUUAUAGGCGGAAAAAGAAGAAGGAAAUUAAGAAAAGCAGCACAUUUGGAAGUACAUAGGGAAGGCGAUGGCUCUAGUACUACAGAUAAUACACAGGAGGGAACUUUGCAGAACUACGGUACAAGCUCCUCUUACAGUAUUGGCACAGUCUUCAGAGAUAUCUGGCAUGCUGCUUUCUUUUUAUCAGGUUCAAAGAAGUCAAAAAAUUCCAUCGACAAAUCUACAGAAACUGACAAUGGUUACGUAUCAUUAGAAGGGAGGUUGACAGGUAAAAGCAGUGAAGAUGGGGUACACAUUCAUGAGCCUCAUAGUGAAACAGUCAAUUCUGAAGAGACCACAUGGGCAGCAGGAACUAACAGGAAUCAUCAUCAAGCCAAGCCAAUAUACAACAAAACCAAAAUGGAUGCACAGAGAUCCUUGGCUAAUGUCUCUGAUGAGGUUUCCAGUGAAGAUGAUCCUAGCACAGGAUAUAUUGCACGGCGUAACAUGGAUCGGCCUCAUAAUGACAGUGCACUCAGAAACCGAAAGUCUCAUCAUUACAAAAAGCACUAUACAGCAGAGGAUAUGCAGAAAUCAGGCACCAGCUGUAGUUCCCGCUGUUCGAGUUCCCGACAAGAUUCUGAAAGCACCAGACCAGAGUCAGAAACUGAAGAUGUUUUGUGGGAAGAUUUGCUGCACUGUGCAGAAUGUCGUUCCUCCUGUAGCAGUGAGACAGAUGCCGACACUAAUCAUGGCAACUUAUGCAUGAAGAGGGAGUAUAGGGAUGAUCCUUUUCAUCAGAGUCAUCUACCUUGGCUGCACAGUUCUAAUCCUGGGCUUGAGAAAGUCAGUGCCAUUGUGUGGGAAGGAAAUGACUGCAAGAAAGCAGAUAUGUCUGUUUUGGAGAUCAGUGGAAUGAUAAUGAACAGAGUGAACAACUAUACCCCAGGAAUUGGAUAUCAGAUUUUUGGGAACUUUAUCUCUCUAAUUCUGGGUCUGACUCCAUUUGCAUUUAGACUGUCUGAAUCAAGGGACUUGGAGCAGCUGGCAACACUCUCUGCUUCUGAACUGUACAGCAUUGCAUUUGGCUCCAGCAGUGACAUCAUGGUCAUAUCCAUGGUGGUGAUUAGUUUUAUUGUACGGGUUUCCCUGGUCUGGUUGGUGCCGAUACUAAGCAUUUGCAUGAGUACUUGUGCAAAUGCUUCGAUACUAAAACCAAUACCUUCAAGCAGGCCCAGACUCUGGCCAUAGGCACACCAGUCUGAAGUACCACAUUUCCGCCUGAAGAAAGUUCAGAAUAUUAAGAUGUGGCUUUCUCUUCGAUCAUACUUGAAGCGCCGAGGCCCUCAGCGUUCUGUUGAUGUAAUCGUUUCAUCAGCUUUCUUAUUGACUAUAUCAGUAGUAUUCAUAUGCUGUGCACAGCUUCUACAUAUUCAUGAAACGUUUCUGGAUUGUCACUACAACUGGGAACUAGUAAUCUGGUGCAUUUCCUUAACACUCUUUUUAUUGAGAUUUGUUACACUUGGAUCAGAAACCAGCAAAAAAUAUAGCAAUACCUCAAUAUUGUUGACCGAACAGAUCAAUUUGUACUUGAAAAUGGAAAAGAAGCCAAACAAGAAAGAAGAGCUGACGCUAGUCAACAAUGUAUUAAAAUUAGCUACUAAGUUGCUGAAGGAGCUGGAUAGUCCCUUUAGGUUAUAUGGUCUGACUAUGAAUCCUCUGCUUUACAACAUCACCCAGGUGGUCAUCUUGUCUGCCGUGUCUGGUGUCAUUAGUGAUCUACUGGGAUUUAAUCUCAAGGU